ACAAAGAGUACAACCGUAGUCAAGUCCACACCCAAUAAUUCUCUCUCUGUAUCUUCUUUAAAUGCUAUAAAACUCAGCAACCAAACCCUGUCUCUCUGCAACAACUUCAGCUCAAACCAAACUCCGAUAUUUUUUCUCACUUCACCAACCCGAAACAAAAACCCGAUUCACCGUUAAUACAAUGAACUCGACCCAUAAAAUCCGAUUAAGUCUCUUUCGGACUCUCUCAAAUUCAAAACCCACCCACUUCCCUUUGCUCUUCUUCUUGUUCGUCCCCACCUGAACCAAAUCCUUAAUUUCAACAAAAAAAAAAAAAACUUGGGUUUUCUCAAACUCAAACCAAAAACGUUAGUUUCCACGAACAGACAAUUAAAAAAAAACCUUAAUUUCCGCGAAUUGUAUCGAAAAGAUUUGAUUUUUAGAAGCAUUUUAUAGAAAUGUUGCUCUCUGUGUUUACCGAAGACCUGCUGGUCCGAGUUUACAUCAAACUUGGCUCUGAAUCGGACAGGAAGACUUGGCGACUCGUUUGCAAGGACUUCCUCCGAGUCGACUCAGUGACUCGGCGGUCCCUCCGAGUCCUACGGUCCGAGUUCUUACAUGGGCUGCUGUCGAAGUACAAGAACCUCGAUACGCUGGACUUGACUGUGUGCCCGAGAAUCGAGGACGCGACGGUGUCGGUGAUGCUGAGUCAGGCGGUGAACUCGGUGAGUUGGACUCGGUGGGUAACCCGGUUGGUGCUGAGUCGGGCGAGCGGGUUGAGAUACGGGGGUUUGGAGAGGUUGGUAGGGGCGUGUCCGUGUCUGGAAGUACUGGACGUGUCGUACUGUUGGGUAUACGGGGAUAGAGAGGCUUGGGCUAUAUCGAGUGUGAGAGGGUUGAGGGAGUUGAGGAUGGAUAAGUGUUUGGGAGUGAGUGAUGUUGGGUUGGCAAAGAUAGCUGUUGGGUGUGGAAAGCUGGAGAGGCUGAGCUUGAAGUGGUGCAUGGAGAUUUCUGAUCUGGGUGUUGAUCUUUUGUGCAAGAAGUGCUUGGAGUUGAAGUCUCUUGAUGUCUCUUAUCUCAAGGUUACAAGUGAAUCUCUUCGUUCAAUUGCUUCUCUGCCAAAACUGGAGCUUUUGGCUAUGGUGGGGUGCCCUUUUUUAGAUGAUUAUGGAUUGCAGUUUCUUGAACAUGGAUGCCCAUCACUACAGGCAAUUGAUGUAUCAAGGUGUGGUUGUGUUAGUUCUUCUGGCUUGAUAUCUGUAGUUAGAGGACAUAGAGGUCUUGCCAUGCUCAAUGCAGGAUACUGUUUUUCAGAGCUUUCAGCAAUGGUUCUCUACAGCUUGAAGGACUUGAAGAAUCUAAACACGAUAAGAAUUGACGGGGCUCAAGUUUCUGACUCAAGCUUCCAAACCUUCAGUACCAAUUGCAAGUCACUGGUGGAAAUUGGGUUGAGCAAAUGUGUUGGGGUGACCAACAUGGGCAUCAUGCAGCUAGUAUAUGGCUGUGUGGGUUUGAAGAUCGUGAAUCUAACAUGUUGCCGUUUCAUCACUGAUGAAGCGAUUUCUGCUUUAGCAAACUCUUGCAGGAACCUUGUCUCCCUAAAGUUAGAGGCUUGUGAUAAGGUCACUGAGAAGAGUCUAGAUCAGCUUGGAUCAUGUUGCUUGCAACUCAAGGAGCUUGAUCUGACUGAUUGUUGUGGGGUAAAUGAUAAAGGACUCAAAUAUUUGUCAAGAUGUUCUGAACUCUUAAGCUUGAAAUUAGGACUUUGCACAAACAUAUCAGACAAAGGAUUGGCUUAUAUUGCUCAUAACUGUACAAAAAUUAGUGAACUUGAUUUAUACCGCUGUACGAGUAUAGGAGAUGAUGGAUUAGCUGCAUUAUCAAGUGGUUUCAAGAAUUUGAUGAAGCUGAACUUGUCAUAUUGCAAUGGAGUUACUGACAGGGGGGUGCAGUACAUUGGCUGUCUUGGCGAACUCUCUGAUCUGGAAAUGCGUGGACUUGUCAACCUCACAAGCGAGGGUUUGACGGCAGUUGCAGCUGGUUGUAAGAAACUGUCAGAUUUGGAUUUGAAGCAUUGUGGAAAGAUUGAUGACUCAGGCUUCUGGGCACUUUCUUACUACUCACGGAACAUGCGACAGAUAAACAUGAGCUAUUGUGCUGUCUCAGAUGUGGGGCUAUGUAUGGUGUUGGGGAACCUAACACGGCUGCAGGAUGUCAAGCUGGUGCACCUCAUGAAUGUCACAGUGAAAGGGUUUGAACUAGCACUUAGGGCCUGCUGUGUGCGGAUCAAGAAGGCCAAGUUAAUUGGUUCUCUCAGAUUCUUACUUUCUACAGAGAUACUCGAGACCCUGCAUGCAAGGGGCUGCAAGAUUAGAUGGGAAUAAACUUCAUAUCAUAAAGCCUAUUUUAUUAGUCAGUCAGAAACCUUCUCUUGUCAUGGGUUUUCAUGAAGGUUGUUGAGAAGUUGGGAUGAGUUUUGCCAAUGAAGUUUUUCUGUUUUCUUGGAGAGAAGGGCCUCACCAAAUAAUCUAGGGGCCCCUCUUGGCCCUUGCACUCGUGUUUUCUUUCUUUGUAAGGGAUUAAGGCAGUUCACUGGCAGAGCAACUGGGUUAAGAAGUGAGGCAGAAUAUAUAACUUCUAUAUGUUUUUAAAUUAAAUUUUGAAAGUAAUAUGUAAUUGAGACAACCUCAUCCUGUAUCUAAUAGUUUGUUCUCAUGUAAAAGUAAUAUGCAAUUGAGACAAACUAUUCAAAUUCACUAAUAGAUACACUUUUUAAGGUAA